UCGCACAGCUUCCACAGUCCCGGACCAGCGGCCGCCGCAUGAGCACGACGACUUUUCGAGCGCACGCCACCAGUAUACAACAACAACAAUAAUAAUAAAAAUAAUAAUAAUAAUAACAAUAAUAGUAAUAAUACAAUAUAAGUCAGUGUGUGUUCACGUGCGUAUGACCGAUGUGCCCUUUUACCAAAGUACACUAUAUACAACUGCACAGCAGAAACGAAAACACGUAGCGGUGGCGGAGGAGGAGGCGGUGGAGUCGGCGGCGGCGGCGUCGGAGGCGGUGUCUGUGGUGAAUACGACUACAACGGCUGCGACGGCGACGGCGGUGGCGGCGGCUGCAGCGUCGACAGUGGCGGCGGAAGUGGUGUCGACGGCAGCGGCGGUGGUAUGGACGGCAGCGGCCACUGCAGCUAGUGCCUAGCCCGCUGUGGAGACACCAUGGAGACGAGAAUGGCCGCGUAAUGAAUGCGCUCGCGGCUCGGGCGGCGUUGUCUGCACUGUACACCGCGUCGACGUCAUCGUCGUCACUCGAGGCGGCGGGCACCCAUGCGUGGACGACGGUGGCGUCGGCGGCCGCGGCCGUGGUUUCCAACGGCACCACCGCCGCCGCCGGGCUGCCCGACGGCGGACCGCUGCAGCCCAGGUUCACGCUGUCCCAGACGGUGUUCAUCGCGCUCGUGUCCGGCAUGCUCAGCUUCGUCACCGUGUCCGGCAACAUAAUGGUCAUGGUGUCGUUCAAGAUCGACAAGCAGCUGCAGAACAUCAGCAACUACUUCCUGUUCAGCUUGGCGAUGGCCGACUUCUUCAUCGGGCUCAUAUCCAUGCCGCUGUUCACCGUGUACACCAUACUCGGCUACUGGCCGUUCGGCCGACACGUGUGCGACGGCUGGCUGGCACUCGACUAUCUGGCCAGCAACGCUUCCGUGCUCAACCUGCUGUUGAUCAGCUUCGACAGAUACCUGUCCGUCACCAGGCCGCUGACGUACAGGGCCAAGCGGACCAAAGGCAAAGCGUUGCUGUUCAUAUCGGCCGCGUGGAUCAUUUCACUGGGCUUAUGGCCACCUUGGAUUUAUCUGUGGCCGAUCAUAGAAGGUCGUCGGACCGUGCCCGAAAUUCAGUGUUACAUACAGUUCAUACUGACCAAUCAGUACAUUACUUUCGGCACGGCCAUUGCCGCUUUUUACGUUCCGGUUACGGUCAUGUGUUUUCUGUAUUUCCGAAUAUACAGAGAGACAAAAAAGAGACAAAAAGACUUGCCGAAUCUGCAAGCCAUGAACAAACCACACAACGAUCACCAACACGAGGAAUCGUGGGGUCGCAUACGGUCCGAGUCGAAUCAAGUAAAUUCGUUGGAUCGACGAGAAAUGUAUGAGACCAGUUCGUUGCGCAAGGCGUACUCUCAGUGUUCAUUGAAAGCGAGGCGCCUGCUGACGUGGUCGUGGCUGCGCGAUUGGUGCGUGGAUUGGUGGCACUCAGGCCGCGACGACGAGUACGACGAGGAAGAUGACCAAACGCCAAGCGACGUGCCUGGUGGCAUUAGCUACGGUACGACCGUGUCCAGGUCGACGUCGCUGAACGUCAUACACCAGCAGCAGCCCACGACGCCCACGCCGAUGAAAUCCUAUCACAUGGUCAACAAUAACAACCGGCUGACCAACCGGUCCUUGUCCAAUGAUUCGGUGUACACGAUCGUGAUAAAGUUGCCGGGCGACACCGACCUCCAAGACGCGCCGACGGUGAGGCAGUAUCACGGGUGUUACGAGGAGUCGCGGCGGCACGGUGCGGGCGGCCCAAUGUCGCGCCGGCCGUCGUCGCAGGACAUGCGGCUGCCGCUGAGCGCGGCGAAGAUCGUGCAACCCAAGCAGCUGACCCGGGCGCAGGGGGCCGCGUUCCAGGCCAAGGAGAAGAAGAAGAAGAAGUUCCAGGAGAAGAAGAGCGAACGGAAGGCGGCCAAAACGCUGUCGGCCAUACUGCUGACGUUCAUCAUCACGUGGACGCCGUACAACAUACUAGUGCUGCUGAAACCGUUCACGGCGGCCACUGGGGGCGACGACGGCGGCGGAAACGAGGCCGACAGCAACAAGGAGUGGGUGACGCAGGGCAUGUGGGACUUUUUCUAUUACCUGUGCUACAUCAACAGCACCAUCAACCCGGUGUGCUACGCCCUGUGCAACGCCACUUUCCGCAUGACCUACGUGCGGAUACUCAAGUGCAAGUGGAACACCCGCAGGCAGCCACCGCACUUCCGCGCGUGAUGAUGACCGCCGCCAUGACCGGUCGGCGGCCGUAUAUACAUAUAGCACCGCGGUCACCGCAUAUUAUGUUUAUAUAUAAUAUUAUAUAACUUUUAUAUACUAUUAUAUUAUACACUUUCGUUUUCGGGUUUUUUUUCUCGCCACGCGGCCCCCCCUCGACACACCGCCGCCAAACGUGUUAGGGCCUAUCGUAUACGAUUGAGCACGCGUUGAUUGCGUCACUAAUAAUAUUGUGUGUAUCAUUGACUAUUGAUAAUUGAGCACAGCGCGGACUGAGCAUAAUAUGAGUACAUCAACGGAAUAUAUAGCUGCCGAUAUUGGGAGAACAAAACAUAAAAAUUGAGUACGAUUUCGUGAUUUAACGCCGUUGCCAUAUUAACAUUUUUUAAAAAAUGACCUAUGCACAACUUAAUAAAAUAUCGAACCAUAAUAAUAUAAUAUGCUGCGAGAUACAAUAGUUCUAAAUUAUUAUUUCUGAAUUUUCGAGCAAAUUUUCAGCAAAAUGAAAUACAAUAUUUUAAAAGUCCGACAAUGAUAUUGACGAAUGGCAAAGGAAAUAACGAUUGUUCGCUCAUUUCCAAAGUUCACCGGAGGAGUUGGCCGCGGUGUUAAAACGCGUCAAUAUUGCCAUAAAUCAAAGAAUUUAAAGAUUUAACGAAUAUCUGCACGAUUUUCGUUUCAAUAAUUUUGGCAACGUGUUUAAUAUAUAGGUAGAUAAAAAAUCAUGCGUGUUCAAUUGUACACAUAUAACACUUAAAAAGUAUAGCUUGAAAAUAAAAGCGUGCUUAAUCGUAUUUUGCCAUAUUGUUAUAGGUUACGUUACGGGUUACCUUACGCGUAUACUAUAGUUAUACUUAUCCGCGUUAUUAUGACGGGGUAGCCUCGAACUAUACGUCGUGUGUUGAAAAACUGUCGGCGGAGGACGUGUCACCACUAAAGUGUAUUCCACGGUGGCUGUGGGGUGUGCAGCAGAGAGAGGUGCGCGGGAGCAAGUGCGCAGGGCUGCGAGAUAAAAAAUAGGUACGAAAACUUAUAGUAAAAAAAAAAAAACUAAAAAAAAAAUAAUAAUAAUAUAAUGAUUUUAAGACUGUUCGCGGGAUCCACAUGGUUAUCCCGGCACAAGUGUGUUAUUUUAUAAAAUAUUUAAUUUAUACCUACGUAGGCACACGUGCGUAUAACAUUUAACGUUUAUAUAUUAUUAUAUAAUGUUCAUAGGUGAAAAUAUUAUGUACCUAUACGACGUGAAAAUCAGUGGCGUAAGGCGUGCGGAGGCGCAUACAUAUUAUUAUAAUACGAAGUUGACGAAUUUGUCUCCGUGACUAUUUUUAAUAAUUCUCUUUUUAUUUUCUCGGUAUUUGCCGCGGUGUGAGGAACAAUCAUCUUUAUAAAUACCUACCAUAUUCCAUAAUAUUAAAACGAUUGAAAAAAUAAAAUAAAAUUGUAUCAUCUAAAAUAUCGUUGCAAUGCGCAAUAAUAUUAUCAUCAUCAGAAGUGCUAAUACCAAAAGUGUGUCAACUCCUAAAUACGCCACUGACUAUUAUAAUAUAAACGCGUGCGACCUAUUUGUUUGUAUCGCUUUUCGUCGGCCCAUAUCCAUAUUAUAAUAAUGAUAGUAAUAGUAAUAAUAUUAUAAAUUAACAUAUAGUAAUAAAGAUAAUAAAAAUAAUAAUAAUAAUAAUAUAUAUACGAACAAUAACCAUCGAGUGGGGCAUAGAGGUCAAUGCAGGAAGACGAUUCAAAAAGCUCGUCUUCAAAGAGUCGUGGCGCGAUUUUAGCUAAAACAUACUUUGAGAACGUGUUCGAUAUCAUCAUUAUCAUUAUACAUAAAGGCCAAAAAUUAUAAUAUAAUACCAAUUAAUAUAAUAUUAUACUAGGUGUAUGUUCAAGUACUAAUAAUUUAAUGUAAUUUAUUACCAAUGUACGGUCAGACAAUGGAAAAGAUUUAGGUUUUUUUUUUGGUUUUAUUUUUUUUAAACAGUAACAUGGAAUCUUGACUAAAAAAUUUAAUUUUUUAAUUUUAUGCUGAAAAUACAUUCACUUCAAUAUUAAUUUACAUUCAGACACGAUAAACGUGAUUUACCAAUGUUAACAUUAUCAUACAUAUUAUAAUACAGAAUUUAGUGUCAUGUAAAUUUAACGUAGCGGAAAUUUGUUAUUAAAUUAUCAAAUAAAUAAUAACCAUUAUAUAGUAUUAUUUUAUAGUGGCAUCGCUGACAGCAGGGAAAAAAUAAUAGUAUUACAAUUAAAUAUUUGUUUUUAUUUCAUAAGUAAUUGGUUAUAACUUAUGUUUCUAACGCCAAUGUAAGUAACGAAAUGACAAAUAGCCAAACGGCAUAAGUAUAUUGUAUAUGAUAUUAGUUUAUAAGUAUAUUACCUAUUAAACGGGAUGAAGGAAGUAAAACAUGUUUCUUUCAAAAACCACGUCUAUUGAUUAUAAAUUUAAAUUUAAAAAUAUAUCUGAUAUUUUGAUUUUGACAAAAUUGCAAAAUGUUCAGUAGUUUUCGGGAAAAAUGUACAGGGAGAUAAUAACAAUCGGUAUAGGUUAACACGGCCUUAAUAUUUUCAAUGCUGCAUUUUAUAAGAACAUUUUACCUGUAAAAAAACGAAUAAUGUUUGCAAACAAAACCAUUUGAUGAUUAUUUUGUGUAUAUUUUUGUGAAGCUUAUAAUUUUCUAUUCAUUGUACUGAACUCUACCUAAUGAAAAGUCCUAAAUAUUUCUGGUUUUUAAUGAACGAUUUAAAAGAUUUUGGAAAUAAAUGUAACACCUUACAAACAUUUAUAGGUACUCAUAUUCAUAAUAUGUAAGAUGAUUCGCCAAGCAUGCUCACCCCUUAUGUUUUUUCUUUAAUAAAGAAUUAUACUUAAUUAUACUAUAAGGACCAAAAUAUUUUCAAACACUUAGAUUUUUUUCGUAGGUACCAUUUAACGAAUAUCCGCCGUGGGAAAACAACUUAUUUAUUUCAAAUGAAGAUUUGAAAAUUACUAUUUUUUCUAUACAUUUUUAAGCAGAUAACUUUUUGAAAUUGUUGAUGUAUCCAAAUCGAAAUUUUAAUGUAUAGUUUUUGAGUUAUUUAACUUUGUGUACUUAUUAACUACUAUAGCUAGUUACUAUAGAUACCUACUGUAGAUCCAUACAAUAAUGGGUUAGGUCUGCAAUGACGAUUUGAAAAUUUUAGGUACGUAGCAGGGCACUCCUGAAUAAUACUUAUAACAAAUCUAAAUAGUCUAAAAUAUUGUCCUUAAAUAUAGGUACUUAAAAACACAAAAUCGGAAUAUUUUGAUUAAUUCAUUGUUAAGAAAAAAUAGGAAUAAGCGUGUCUGGCGGAUCAUCCUGUAUAUUGUAUAUAUAAUAUAUAAAUAUAAAGAUCGACAAAAGUCAAUUUUUACGAUCAAGUUUUCAGAUUUUUAAUGAAACAUAUUUUUUAGUGUAGGUAAUAGGUACCUAUGCAUAAUAUAAAAUACCAUCUGUAAAUAAACGUAUAAUAAGAUAUUCGGGUUGAAGUUUUCCAUGGUAGUGUUUUCUAUUAUUGGUUGCCGUCUAACCUCGUUACCGAUGAAUUUUUUAGUAGGAAUAACAUAAACACACUUGAAGGAAUGAUCUCAUGUAUAAAAAGUGACAGCUUUGGGGGUAAAACCAAUAUGGGGUAAUUUCUUUAUGUUUUAGGCCUGUACAUAAAUAUGUUCCUAAAAGCAGGGACCAAAAAAUGGGUCGACAAGCUCUUAUUAUAUUAGCUACAAGGGAUUGUCAAAGAUGACAAAGAAACUUUUUUUUUAUAAUUUAACUCUUGUACAAAGCAGCUUUAAUAAGAGAAGGGCAAUGUGUACCAAGGUUAUUUUAAAUAAUGGAAUAUAAAUUUAAAAAAACGUUUAUCAUUAUCUUAGAUGCCCUUAUAACUCCUAACAACUGCCGUGAACAAUUUUUACGAUUUGAAAUUUUUACAUUUUCAAAUUCAGUCGAAAUGUAAUAUAUUAAUGUAACUGCCCAGUAUUUAAUAAAAUAUUACAUUAUUACAUUACAUACAAUUAAAAACAGAAAUUUUAUCGAAUUUUUCUUUUUAUAUUUUACCAUAUAACUUUACCAUAAUAUAUAACUUAAAUGACCAGAUUGAAUACCUAUUUGCCUACAUAGAAGUGAUUUAGUACCUACCUAUCUAUAUAUGUCUGACACGUGAAGUUGUGAUUAAUUGUUACGUAUAUAAAAUAUGAUUUACAAUUUAUAUUUAUUAUAUAAACUGAAUGUGAAUUUAAUGAAAUCUAAUCAACGAUAUUAAAAUAUAUUAUAACUUAAAAACUAUAUUAUAUUUCAAAGUACUUAUACUGUUAUAAAUCAUAAACAAAUUGUACUUUUAAAUAAAAUGAUUUUUUUUUAUUAGUUUGAUAUUCUUAAGAAUCGUGGUGUAUAAAUUAUAUUAUUAUCAAAAUUUGUACUAUUGUCAAAAAAAUAAAAUGAAAACAAAACAAA